CCCCGAUACAUAGCUAUCGUGUGGUUCAGCUCUACUGUGUUGGGCACCCGACUUGCUCGCUCCCGGUAUGACGGCCUUCUCUGGCCAUCUCCGCCGCACAGUCAUCGGACCACCCGGCCUGGCCCCGCAACACCAGCGCGACGGCAAGCGCCGCUUGAAAUCGGUUGACUAACCCCACUUUCUCGGACGGCGCACGCGCUUCCCCAACCAUUGCCGGAUGUAGGUAUGCGUGUGCUUCCCCCCCAAUACCACCGGCUCAAUAUUUCCGCUUCAGAAACACUCCCGAAAAGCAACACCGCCCCAAAUGGCACACCUGCUGCACACCCUCUCGCACCGCCCCGUCCUUACGACGGUCCUCACGUCCUUGUCUACUACCGUGCUCGUCUGGGCCGUUCGCGACUACCGCGCCUACAUCGCCCUCGGCCCCGGCGGCGUGCCCCACAACUUCGCCGGCUGGCUCUUCGUCACCCUCGGCAUCCGGCCCUUCGCCCUUUCCAAGUCGUAUGCGACCUGGACUGGUGACUACCCUGAUGAGGGAGCUCACGACGAGGUCGAGGCGCUGCCGCCGAGGAAGGGCGACAGGGCCGAGCUGGGGGGCGUCGUGCCCCACCGGCAGCUGACCCAGCACGCGCCGGAACGGAUGAGAGAGUACAUUGAAAACCUCUUCGCCAACGCCGUCGCCCAGAACCCGGCCCUCGUGGAGUCAAAAACCUCCCUUUACGAGCGCAACAACCCUGCCCUCUUCGUGUGCCCCGCGGUCCUCGACUCGCCCACGCCGUCCGUGACGGCGCGGACCUCCCGCGGCGAGAUCAGCCACCACCACGGCGAUCUUUCCAUCCACAUGUACCUCUCCCCCGCCGACGCGAAGCGCGCCAUCGCCAAGGGCUGGGCCGAGCGCCACCGCCUCGCCCGCCCGCGGGGCACCCUGUUCGCAAACCGCUAUCGCGUCGCGGACACGUACCUCAUGAUCUACGGCCCGCGCGACGACGACGAGAUGGACGCGCUCGCCGUCUUCCUCAAAAACGCCAUCCGGUUCAUGACCGGGAGAGAGGACGUCGAAGGGAUCGAGUGGCGUCGUCGCAUGGGUGCGUGAAGGCUUUAUUCACUUCGGCUUCCCCCGUGAAAAUGUACUAUUACUUCCCAUGUCACUU